GCCGCGUGGAGAAGUCCAACACGCGACAGUACCCCGCACGUUUACCGUUCCAUCUGGAGAUUCGCAGGCUCUUCGCUCCACGAAUCAUCGCAGCGGUGCGGGCCAGCAGCCUCGCUACAAUGGACUCGGGAUGCCUCAGCCGAGCAAGAGUGGCAGAGCGUGGCCAGGUGAUGCGCUCCAACUGCCCAGCCAUCGGCAAAGCGCGUCGCUUUUCGCGGGACCUUGACGUGGGCAGAGACAAGGAGCCUCACAGUGUCGCGGUCUCGCACUGCUUGCUACUUUUCUCAGCUCCAGGCUCCUCAAUCUCUGUCCCAGGUGCCGGAAUCGUUCGCAAGUUCGGCUCUUUUGGCUGUUGAAGUUCUCGGGGCUUUGCCGAGAACCACGGGACCGCCAACGGCGCGCAAUUGGCUGAAUUUUCUGCUGUCUCUCACCCCGCGCAUGGCAGGCUUGUAGCAUACGGAGCGAAAGAUGAUUGUCUGCACCGCUCAGGCAAGACCCCUACUGGAUGCUUUCGCGAGUCUGGUAGGCAGACAGCCUUCAGGAACGCUCGCAAGAUGGACCGCCUCCAGGACCGGCACGUUCCGUGUGUUUACGACGGCCAGCUUACACCAGCUUCGCGAAGGGCCUACAGGCAAGCUUGACGGCAGCCGGCCACGCCGUCAGAUUUUCUCGACGGCCGCAGCUCUACGCAAUGCUCCAGCUCGGGCUGCGGGAUCGAAGGAAGAACCCCAAACAUCAGGUGACCGCGGCCCGUUGUCCAACUUCACCAUCGGCAUUCCAAAGGAAACAUUCCCUAACGAGCGACGAGUUGCCAUAACACCUCAAAACGUGGCACUGCUUCUGAAAAAGGGAUUCAAGGCCGUGCACGUGGAGCGUGAUGCUGGUCUUCAGGCCAAAUUCACAGAUGCCGCUUACGAGAAGGCGGGCGCUACGCUGGUAGGCCCGUCGAUGGCAUGGGAAAGCGAUAUCGUUCUCAAGGUCCGCGCUCCAAUUCAUUCCGACACCAAAGAUGAGGUUGGAAAACUCAGAAAUGGCUCAAUGAUCAUCUCUUUUCUAUAUCCGGCACAGAACAAGGACACCGUCGAUGCACUGGCCUCAAAACAGGCCACUGCUUUCGCCAUGGACAUGAUACCGCGAAUUUCUAGAGCCCAGGUUUUUGACGCUCUCAGCUCCAUGGCGAACAUCGCCGGCUACAAGGCAGUUCUCGAGGCUUCAAACCACUUCGGUCGGUUCUUGACGGGCCAAACGACUGCUGCUGGAAAGAUUCCGCCGUCCAAGGUCCUGGUUAUCGGUGCCGGAGUUGCAGGUCUAAGUGCCAUCACUACGGCGAAGAGGAUGGGAGCCAUUGUUCGCGGCUUCGAUACGCGCUCCGCAGCCAGGGAGCAGGUCCAGUCUCUCGGUGCCGAGUUUCUCGAGGUUGACAUCCAGGAAGACGGGUCGGGUGCUGGUGGCUACGGCAAGGAGAUGUCCAAAGAGUUCCUCGAAGCUGAGAUGAAGCUCUUCAUGGAGCAGUGCAAAGAAGUUGAUAUUGUCAUUACCACGGCAUUGAUCCCAGGCAAGCCGGCACCGAAACUAAUCAACAAGGCUAUGGUGGAGGCUAUGAAGCCGGGCUCUGUCAUCGUUGAUCUUGCCGCGGAAACGGGCGGAAACUGCGAAUUGACGUCUCCCGGGGAAGUUAUUAACUACAACGGUGUAACUAUCAUCGGUUACACAGACCUUCCAAGCCGUCUACCCACGCAGUCAUCAACAUUGUACUCAAACAACAUCACAAAGUUCCUUCUUUCCUUGACCAAAGAAAAGAACUUGGUGAUAGAUCUCAACGACGAAGUUACACGUGGCUCCAUUGUUGUUAAUCGAGGAGAGAUUCUCGCUCCAGCUCCUCGACCAACGCCACCACCAGCACCGAAGCCCAAGGUUGUUGAAGUCGUUGAAGAAGUGAAGGAAUUGACUCCAUGGCAGAAGACUGUCCGAGAUGUGACUGCAGUAACGGCUGGCAUGGGUAGCGUAGCUGCCCUUGGAAAACUAACGGGCCCCGUUUUCAUGAGCAAUGUAUUUACCACAGGUCUGGCGGGUCUCAUUGGGUAUCGAGUCGUCUGGGGCGUCACGCCGGCGCUCCACUCUCCACUCAUGAGCGUGACAAAUGCCAUCUCAGGCAUGGUCGCUGUAGGUGGAUUCUUCAUUAUGGGAGGCGGCUAUCUCCCCGAAACACUGCCGCAGUGGCUUGGAGCAGCAUCCGUCCUGCUUGCAUUCAUCAACAUCAGCGGCGGGUUUGUCAUCACAAGACGUAUGCUGGACAUGUUUAAGCGACCAACAGACCCGAAAGAGUAUCCGUGGUUGUAUGCCAUACCAGGCCUGCUCUUCGGAGGAGGCUUUGUCGCCGCGGCCAGCACAGGAAUGGCGGGCCUUAUCCAAGCAGGCUACCUCGUCAGCAGCGUCCUCUGCAUAUCAUCUCUCUCUGGUCUCGCCGCACAGACUACCGCGAGAAGAGGAAAUCUUCUGGGAAUGCUAGGAGUUGGAGCGGGUGUAUUGGCAUCUUUGGCUGCGGUCGGUUUCUCGCCAGAGGUCCUUGCUCAGUUUGGCGGUCUCGCCGCUGUCGGCGGUCUCGUUGGCGCUCUUAUUGGCCGCAGGAUAUCGCCCACGGAUCUACCGCAGACGGUUGCCGCCCUGCAUUCCGUUGUCGGCUUAGCUGCUGUUAUGACGAGCAUUGGUAGUGUCAUGGCACACAUCGAAGAUAUAUCCACGCUCCACAUGGUCACGGGCUACCUGGGAGUUCUAAUUGGCGGCGUUACAUUCACUGGUUCGAUUGUGGCCUUUUUAAAGCUGGCUGGGAAAAUGUCUUCACGACCUCUCAAGCUUCCAGGGCGCCAUUUGAUUAACUCCUCCAUGCUGGCUGCCAAUGUUGGCACCAUGGGAUACUUUGUUACCAUGGCACCUGGCGCGCCCGGUAUUGCUGCAGCAGCAUUAGGUGCAAAUACGAUCUUGUCUUUCUUAAAGGGCUACACUACGACGGCUGCAAUUGGAGGCGCAGAUAUGCCCGUGGUCAUCACCGUGCUUAAUGCAUACUCCGGGUUUGCUCUUGUGGCAGAAGGAUGGAUGCUGGAUAAUCCCCUGCUAACUACGGUGGGCAGUUUGAUCGGCGUUUCGGGCUCCAUUCUCUCCUGGAUCAUGUGCAAGGCUAUGAAUCGAUCGUUGACCAACGUGCUCUUUGGUGGUAUUGCAGAGACGAGUACUGAGGGAGCACAGAUUGAAGGGAAUGUGACACCCACGACGAUUGAUGAAGUGGUUGACAUCCUACAAAAUGCAGAAAGCGUCAUCAUCGUUGUAGGAUAUGGUAUGGCAGUGGCGAAAGCUCAGUAUGCGAUCAGCGAAUUUGUUCAGCUUCUUCGUUCGAGAGGAAUCAACGUGCGCUUUGCCAUUCAUCCCGUUGCUGGAAGAAUGCCAGGCCAGUGUAAUGUCUUGCUAGCUGAAGCUUCGGUGCCGUAUGACAUCGUGCUCGAGAUGGACGAGAUUAACGAAGAUUUCAACGACACCGAUGUAACCCUCGUCAUUGGCGCCAAUGACACUGUUAACCCAAUCGCUCUUGAGCCAGGCAGUCCCAUUGCAGGCAUGCCAGUGCUGCACGCUUGGAAGUCUAAACAAGUUAUCGUCAUGAAACGUGGCAUGAGCAGCGGCUAUGCGGAUGUACCAAACCCAAUGUUCUACAUGCCUGGAACGAAGAUGCUUUUCGGCGAUGCCAAGAACAGUUGUGAAGCAAUCAAAAAUGCGUUGAAUGAAAGACAGAAGGCAGCGAUGAUGGUGUAAAUGAGCAUAUCCAACAUCGAUAGCUAGCUGGGAAGAGGAGAUGCCAUCAUUUUUGAGAAACAAUGGGCUUGCAUCUAGACCUCAUCCUGUCUCUGUUCAGGUAGAUCUGUUUAAUCGUCUCAACAACUUGACCGACCGUCAAAAACUUACCAGUCAUUUCUCAGUUUCUAAAUAGAUAGGCUUUCUUCAAA